AUGUGUAAACAUUGCGCGAAUAAUGGCCCCCUGAUGAUAGUCGGCGAACCCCUCUCUACCUACCUCGAAGCCGACGCCGCCAACAAGUCAUGGACCCUCAAGUUCUGUGAGGACCUUGAAGCGAAGCUGAUGAUUAUUCUCUCUCGACGCCUGAGAAGCGACACCAUGAAGUACCACGAUCCCAACAAAGUUCCCGCCGAGGUGAUGGGCGAGAUGUUGGUCAAGGACAUUGGCUUGAACUUUGACUACAAAGAGGAAAUUCGCCCACUUGUCAUUCGUGGCCUAUUAGCUCAAGCCAAGGGGACUCUUUCGGAUGUGAUGGCAUGGGACGUUAUUUUCAAAGUUGAAAAUGGCAAAGAUGAGAACCUCUUUCAGUGGAAAGUUGGUUUCAUCUUCAACAACAUGACGAGUGUCGAAAACGCCAAGAAGUACAUCGCGGACAAGCGCCACGAGGAGAAUGUCAUUUAUCAGUACCGACUGAGGGCGGCGAUGGCGGCCGGACAUCCUACCACCACCACUACCUAUCUCCGUCCGACGCAGCACCAUGUCGAACCUCUUGUUGCAGCGGCUCCGUCCCAGCCAGGGACUGUGUCACAGCCAGCGACGGCGCCCCAGCCUACGACUACCACUCAGCCGGCACCCGUACCCCAGCCAUUGACUGUUGAUACUCAGCGAGCCCAGGGCUUUGUGGAAGGUCUAGAUAGCAUCUCUACCUCUUAUUCAAGCCUCAACCUCGGGUCUGCUACCAACCCCAUCACCCUGGACACAGACGAAGAUGGAGUCUCGUCGCGAUACACCCACGCUCACGCACCUCGCGUUUCUUCACCUCUGGCUUGUGUCUCUCCAUACACUGCUGCUGACCUAGUCGCACAACGGUCGGCUGUUCCUCGUACACGACCCGAGACUGGCUUCCAUCAGCAGAUUGCCAACGUCAACGCACCUGGUAACCAUCAGCCUGACCCGUCCGUGGCCAAGCCGCCCAAGCGUCGGCCUUCUGCUCGUUCUACCAGGACCGUUCAGCCACCUUCCCGCCGUCGAGGUCGUCGAGCCAAUGCCGGCUAA